AUGUUUGAGCGUCUUGGUCAAAAAGUACUCCAUGCUGUUGGGGGUAAUAAUAAUUCCCCGCCUAGCCAUCAACAACAUCUGUUAGGCCAGGGAAUGGUGCAUAACGAUGAGCGUCCAAUAUGCUCAGCUCCCCAAGGAGGCACAUAUCCCCGCCUAGCACGACUUUCUGACGGUUCAAUCCUGUCCUCUUUUACACGCUUUCCAGAUGGCAAACAUGCCCUCUGCGUUGCUCGCAGUAUAGAUGGUGGACGCACCUUCGAGAACUUAUCAGAGGUAACUCGGUCAGCAGGAGAUGUGGACAAUAUGUUUCUGCUCGAGAUUUCUCCUGGAGUUGUAUUAGCGGCCUUUCGCAACCAUGAUGUCGGCCCUAAUGGUCCAAAACACUUUCGCAUUACUGUCUGCAGGUCCUUUGAUGGCGCUCGUACAUGGCAGUAUGCAUCCCAAGCCGCAGAAAAAGGCGCUCCACUAGGGAUUUGGGAGCCAUUUAUGCGAUUAGGGAGACAAGGCGAGGUUCAACUCACCUACUCCCAAGAAUUCGCACCCAACAAUCAGUGUACUAUGCUAGCUGUCUCGCGGGAUCAGGGAAGUACCUGGACUCCACCAGUUUGUCUGCAUGGUGAUAAGGAUUUUCUGCGAGAUGGAAUGAACGGCAUCGCAGAGACCUUUGACAAUGGUCGCGAGGCUCUCGUUAUGUGUUUUGAAACUACACGUUUUGGCACAUUUAGUAUAGAGGCACUUAUAUCCUACGACGAUGGUGCUACUUGGAAUAGUCGUCACCAAGUUUUCUGUCCUAAGCGCGGUCAUAAUGCCGGUGCUCCCCAGAUUGCGUCCUUUGCAGACGGUUCUAUGGUGGCUGUGUUUAUGACUGAUGAGGAUUCCGAUCGGGUCGAAUGGGUCAAGCACGCCUCCAUUAAAGCUGUCUUCGCGGGCCCGCCACAGAAUGGACACAUUCAAUGGAGCCCACCGACUUUUGUCUCGCCUGAAUCAAGCUUCUGGCCCGGAGUGAUGGCUCUUGACAAUCAUACUGCGCUGGUCACGUAUGACCGAGGGGGACCACUUGCUAAGACGAUUACUUGGAACCCUCAGUACUGA